AUGGUUCUGAACCUGCUCAAGGGAACGACCUUCAUGUUUCUAACAGGACUUGGCAGUGCUGGGAACAUCUUUGUUCUUAUGAACUAUAUUUGCUUUUUCAGACGUAUUGAGAAGAAAUCUAUACCCCUUAUUCUCAUCCAUUUGGCUUUUACAAAUAUCCUAAUGCUUUUUACCAAAGGAACACCAAGGACAAUAGCCAGCUCUGGUUUGCAAAACCUCCUAGGUGAUGUAAGCUGUAAGAUUCUGGUUUACCUGGAGAGGGUGACCCGUGGCCUGUCCAUCAGCACCACCAGUCUCCUCACGGUGGUCCAGGCCGUCACCAUCAGUCCCAGAGCCUCCAGGUGGAGGAGGCUGCAGCCCAGGUCUGCACAGAACACCCUUCCCUUGUUGCUCUUCUUCUGGAUUCUCAAUGCCAUCAUAAGCAUGAACUUACCAUUUUAUAUCAAACAUAUCAGCAGCCUGAACACAUCAGAAGUUAGUAACAGGUACACUUACUGUUAUUUUGUACCAAAAAACUUUAUAAUCAGGUGGAUUUUUCUUGCUCUCAUGGUCCUUCGAGAUGCUACAUUCCAGGGUGUCAUGGGCUGGUCCAGUGGCUAUAUGAUGUUCCUCCUGCACAAGCACCACCAGCAUGUCCUCUACCUGCAGACCUCCAAGCUGCUCUACAGAACUCCCCCUGAGAUGAAGGCUGCUCAAAGUGUUCUCCUUCUGAUGCUCUGUUUUCUCUUCUUCUAUUGGACAGAUUGUUUUAUGACCGUGUAUUCAACUGUCUCCCUAGAGAAUGACUCCAUAGCAUUAGAUGUUCAAGAGUUUCUGACCCUUGGCUAUGCAAUCCUUAGCCCCUUUGUGCUGAUUCACAGAGAUGGACAUCUAGCUGCAUGCUGUCAUGCUCACUGA